AUGGAAUCUAAUAAUGCGGGAAGUGGUGUUGGUAGUACUACUGGUUCUAGCCCUUCUUCACCCCCUAAAAAGAAGGCUAAUUCUCGCCGCACAUCGGAAGUGUGGGACGAUGUAGAACUAUUUAAUGUCGUUGAUGACGAUGGAGUUCUUCUGGAGAAAGGAAAGUGCAACUUUUGUGGGAAGAUAUAUAAGGCGGAGUCAAGGCUUGGCACAUCUACUCUGAAGCGACAUAUUGCGGUAUGUAAGAAACUCCACCAACCAUCAGAUUUAAGGAAUGAGUCUAUUGGUCCCAAUUGCAUAACUCAGGAAGGUUUUCGUGAGAAAUUAGCUAUAUGCACAAUUUCACAUGAUUAUGUUUUUAGAUGUGUUGAACAUAAAGGAAAUAGAGAUGUGCAUAGCUAUUUGAAUGGUCAGGCUAAACCUAUUUCAAGGAAUACACAUAAAUCUGACAUUGUGAAGAUCCAUGAAAGAAUGAAGGAGGAGUUAAAGUCUAGCUUGCAAAAGAUUUCUAGUCGUAUUUGUUUGACUAGUGAUAUGUGGACUUCAUUGACAACUAGAGGAUUUAUAUGCUUGACGGCUCAUUAUGUUGAUUAUGAAUGGAAACUGAAUAGCAAGCUAUUGAGCUUUACUCAUCUUCCUCCUCCACAUUCCUCUUAUAGAGUGAAGACGACCAUUUAUCGUAUGCUCAGAGAGUGGGGUAUUGAUAACAAGAUCUUCUCUAUCACCUUGGAUAAUGCUAGCAAUAUGACUAACAUGCAAAAUGAAUUACGUGAUCAGUUGAAUGGACAAAAUGGAUUGUUGUGUGAUGGCAAGUUCUUUCAUAUACGUUGUUGUGGGCACAUAUUGAAUCUUAUUGUCCAAGCUGGAUUGAAGGUGAUAAAAGAUGGUAUUAGAUCUGUGAGAGAAAGUGUAAAAUACGUAGAAGGAUCUGAAGGAAGGAAAAUUAAGUUUAAGGAAUGUGUUGAGCAAAGUGGGAUGAAACAAACAAGGUCUUUGUGGUUGGAUGUGCCAACAAGAUGGAAUUCAACUUAUAAUAUGCUUGAGAGGGCAAAUCAUUAUCGUCAAGCAUUUGUAAACUUAGCAAGGAUGGAUUUCGAGUAUAAUGAAUGUCCAUCAUCUGAAGAUUGGGAGAAGAUAGAAGUGCUUAUAAAAUUCUUGAAGCCUUUUGAUGAAAUCACAAAGUUAUUCUCUGGAACUAAGUACCCGACUAGUAAUCUGUUUUUUGAGAAUGUUUGGAAGAUUCAUCUUGAGUUGAGGCUUCUUUGUACAAGUCUAGAUGAUGAUAUACGUGCUAUGGCAAAUGCAAUGAUGUUGAAAUUCUUGAAGUAUUGGAAAGACUACAACUUGGUGCUUGCUUUUGGGGUUAUUUUGGACCCUCGUUAUAAGGUUGCUUUUGUGAAUUAUUGCUAUGAAAAGUUGGGUGGAGAAUAUGUUUCAAAAGUCGAGGAUGUUGUGGAUGAUUUGGAGUUGCUUUUGGAAGAAUAUAAGAAUCAAUCGGCCACUUCAGCUACUCAAAGUGGUGUGUCUAUGACUUCUCCAAGCGUUCCCUUGGACAAUUACACUGCUGGGUUUUAUGCAUCCAAUAUCAACCACAAUACGUCAACUAGUUCUGAGUUGCAAUUGUAUUUGGCUGAUCCUUUGAUACCUGCAUUUGGGGACAUUGAUGGAGUCUCUAAGCUACUUCCUUUUGAUGUCUUGCAAUAUUGGAAGGACCAUCAAUUUCGAUUUCCUCACCUCUCUAAAAUGGCAAAGGAUGUACUUUCUAUUCCAAUUACAUCAGUUGCAUCAGAGUCUUCUUUUAGUUUGGGAGGAAGAAUAUUAACAAAAUGGAGAACUUCGAUUUUGUCUGAUACUCUUGAAGCUGUUGUGACAACUCGUAAUUGGAUACGAGGAUACCAAAUGGAUGACGAUGAUGAAGAUACGAGGGAUGAUGGAGAAGAAGUAAAGCUUCUAGAGUGA